GUUUUGUCGGCAAGGCGAACGACGCGUCAACAUUUAUUAGUUGAUAUAGUUCAACGGAUGAGCCUUAUUACACAAACUCCAAUCAUUCUGUGACUCUUCAAAACCAACUCUCUUGUCUCUCUGUGACUCACAUUCAUCCAACUCUCUCUAGCUAUGUCAACAUCCGAGAACAAAGUGGAGAUAGUCGACAGAGGCCACAAGGAGGAGGAAGAAAAAGAAGAAGGCAAAGGAGGCUUCCUCGACAAGGUCAAAGACUUCAUCCACGACAUCGGCGAAAAGAUCGAAGGAACCAUCGGCUUCGGCAAACCAACCGCCGACGUCUCCGCCAUCCACAUCCCCAAGAUCAACCUCGAGAGAGCCGACAUCGUCGUCGACGUCCUCGUCAAGAACCCCAACCCCGUCCCCAUCCCUCUCAUCGACAUCGACUACAUCGUCGAGAGCGACGGGCGAAAGCUCGUCUCCGGCCUCAUCCCCGACGCAGGAACCAUCAAGGCCCACGGGGAAGAGACCGUGAAGAUACCCUUGACCUUGAUCUACGACGACAUCAAGAGCACUUACAACGACAUCAACCCGGGAAUGAUCAUACCUUACAGGAUCAAAGUCGACCUCAUCGUCGACGUGCCUGUCCUAGGGAGGCUGACGCUUCCCUUGGAGAAGCGCGGCGAGAUCCCUAUCCCCAAGAAGCCUAAUGUCGACGUGGAGAAGAUUAAGUUCCAGAAGUUUGGUAUGGAAGAGACCGUGGCGAUUUUGCACGUGAGGCUUGAGAACAUGAAUGACUUUGACUUGGGGCUUAAUGAUCUUGACUGCGAGGUGUGGCUGUGCGACGUGAGUAUUGGGAAAGCGGAGAUAUCGGAUUCUAUUAAGCUUGAUAAGAAUGGGAGCGGGUUGGUUAAUGUGCCGAUGACGUUUAGGCCCAAGGACUUUGGGUCUGCGCUUUGGGAUAUGAUACGUGGGAAAGGGACGGGGUAUACUAUUAAAGGGAAUGUGGAUGUUGAUACGCCGUUUGGUGCUAUGAAGUUGCCUAUUAUUAAGGAAGGUGGUGAGACUCGUUUGAAGAAGGAAGAUGAUGAUGAUGAUGAUGAUCAGGAGUAAGGGAAAGAGCUCAAGAGAGUGAGUGUGUUGAGUACUGAGACUCCCAUCUUUAAGAAUAAUGUUUUAAGUUAAAAACUGAGGACUUGUUUGGUGUGUGCUGUGCUUUUGAUGACUGUUGGAUCAGACUUAUGAGUAGUGAUGUCUUUUUUAUUGGACUUCUCUAUAUCAGUGUGGGUCCGGUUAAUUA